GUGUGUACCUUCGUACACCACGCGAGCUUGAAGCACGGGAGAGGGAAGGAUGCCUUCGACGUCUAGCCAGCAGACGUCGAUCGUCACGACGCUGGCAAUUGCUAUUCUCGGUCUAUUCUUCUUCACCAAGAAGGUUGUACGCGCGAAAGCUUUGGCAGAUGGCGGGCAUCACUCUUCGCGGCCGUGCUCACCGCGAAACGGCGGCGGCAGCGGCGGCGGCGCCACCGACGCGGGGAGCAGUAGCGGGAAAGGCGGGGGGACGGGAAGCGGCGGAGGGGAUAACAGAGCGAUGGCUUUCGCCGUCGGGUUGCUGGACAUCGCCAUCCCGCGCGAUGACCGGGUCGGAGGGUCGUUCCCGCGAGUGAUGAUCAACGACGCUUGCAUUGCUCGAGCCGUCAAAGAGGUAUCCCGCCAACUAGUUGUCAGCCUUCGCGACGCGGACAACAUACCUGCGGGCGUCGUCCGCGCGUACGUUUCGGGCCUCUACCAGGAGGUCUACGACGCGGCGUGCGCCGCCGACCGCCCGGACCUGGACGUCUGCGUGCUCCUGCCGGCGUCGGGCACGAGCGGCGCCGGCACCGCCCCCGCCGCGCUCCCGAACGACGACCGAGUCUCGCUGCCGUCGCCCUUUACGUUCAACCCGGGGCCCCCUCCGGAAGGCCACGGCGGCGGCGGCGGCGGCGGCGGCCCUCUCGAAGGAGGCCGCGAGUUCACCGUGGACCUGGUGAGGGGUUGGGCGUCGAGAGAGGUGGCCGUGCUGGAGCCGAAGCUGGAGGUGCUCUUCUCCGAUGACCUGCCGGACGACGGUCGCCGGGAGUCGAUCAACGCGGACCGCUUGCUGGCGGGUUACCCGGCCCUCAGGUUCGUGGGCCUGGAGUCCGUGGCGAGCGGCGCGUACACGGCCGAGUACUUCUACGCGGAGGACGUUCUGGCGAACAUCCCGACGUUCUCCAGUGUCGCAUGCGGCGGGACGUUCGAUCGGUUGCAUGGGGGGCACAAGAAGCUCCUUACCUUGGCCGCUAGUAUGUGCGAGGGAGGAACACUGACCGUGGGCGUCGCGUCGGACUCGAUGCUCAAGGCAAAGUCCAACGCGAAAAUGCUCUCGAGUCUUCCCGAGCGAUUGGCGGGCGUGACGAAUUUCCUGAGAACCCUGAACCCUCAGAUGCGAACACGGGUGGAGGGGAUCACGGACCCAUUUGGCCCCCCCGCUGUCGAGGAGGCGUUCGACGCGAUCGUUGUGAGCUCGGAGACGGUGCUCGGGGCAGAAAAGAUCAACGCGCUUCGCGCGCAGAAGGGAUUCCGCCCCCUGGCGGUGGCGGUCACAAGGCGGCUGGCCGCGGCAACGUUGAGCUCGUCGUAUUUGCGGCGAGCGGCGGAGGAGAAGCAGAGAGACAUGCAGCAGCAGCAGCGGCAAUAGCCGGUGGCGUCCUUCGAGGGAAGAAAUCAAAAACGGCGGCGAUGUGCAACCUGCGUGAGGGACAACGAGGAGUAGAUAAGAUGACCUUAUUUUAGUCUGAGCAUCGAGUUGGUUGGAAAUAACGCGCCGUCGGUCAUGUAGUUAGGUACUAUAGUAUGCACAUCCCAGCUGCUUAGGGGUGGUAACGCAGCUUGCCUCGGGCAACCGUGCUGGUCCUCUGAAAGAUCUCGUCGGUAUCUUUUUGAAGAUGGUGUAGAAGAGCACAGGUGACAUGAAGAUUCGCACACAGCCAGUCAAUACCAGUGUGCCAAAGAAUUCUAUGCGUGCUUUCAUUCUUGUUGCAUCCGCACGACCACGGUGUUUGUCAGGGAGAGAGCGGUAAGCAAAAACUGGCAAACAUCGGUGAACACUCAAGCUGACGUAGAGAGCGCAGACGAGAAUUAGAUUCGCACAUGCAUGCAACCACAAUCAAUCGGUGCGGCGUACCCAAGAACGCUCACUUUUAUUCUUCUUGCAUCCUACAGCGUUCGAUCUCACACGCAUCAUCUGCGGGUGCGCGAGGCAGAAAAAACAGAGACCAAAACGCGAGUCGUAUCGGUUUUCAUCUUUGCGGCGAAAGUUUGCUGAGCUGAGUUUCGAAUCAACUGGGGCUUUCGGUAUUUAGGGUCCCACUAAGCUUGGUUGGGGGCCAGCAGCACCCGCCCUUCUUCGGUGCUUGCAGCAGGAGAGAGGUGUCGUGACUUGUGCAGGGGGUGCGGGAAGCACACA